UUUGCACAUGGCGGCCUCCAUUGUGGCUUCUCGUCUGCAAGCAACAUAAUCUAAAAUGCAGAUUUUGAUACAAAAUUAGACUGAACCAGGAAGAAUUUGUAAAAUUCGAAAUCCUUAUCUACCACGAGAUUACGAGGAAAUAGAAUGUCUGAAGGCGAACCAGCACCAAAGAGGGUAAGAAUAUCAGAGGAUGAUUUGAAGCAACUCAGCAAAGAUGAAUUGAUUGCAAAAUGUUGCAAACAAGAUUCAUACAUCAAUGACUUGGAGAGUAAAACAGCCAGUGACCAUCCAUGUUCCAGUGAAGAACUAGCCGGCUUGCGGGAAUCUGAAGAAAAGUUAAAACAACAACAACACGAGUCAACUAGUAGAGAGAGAGUGCUUGUCAUGAGACUUACAACCAAAGAACAAGAAAUGCAGGAGUAUGCUAGUCAAAUCACAGAGUUGAAGCAAAAUGCCACAUCAGCUCAGCUUCGUUCAGUUUUGUUAGACCCAGCUAUUAACAUACUCUUCCAUAGAAUGAAAAAAGAUUUAGAAGAAAGCCGUGAUAAAUUAGAAGAAGCCCAGAAUGAGAUGGGUGCAUGGAAGUUUACUCCUGACAGUCAAACAGGAAAGAAAUUGAUGUCCAGAUGCCGACAGCUGAUUCAAGAAAACCAAGAACUUGGAAGGCAGCUAUCCCAAGGCAGGAUUGCUCAACUCGAGGCGGAACUAGCUCUACAAAAAAAGUACAGUGAGGAGUUAAAAAGCAGUCAGGAUGAACUCAAUGAUUUUGUGAUCCAGCUUGAUGAGGAAGUUGAAGGGAUGCAGAGUACAAUUCAAACACUGCAACAACAAUUGAAAGAGGCAAAACAACAAGUGUCUCUUGAUAAGAGUAACACUGUGUGUACACAUUGCAGUGUUAGCACGAACCACAACACUGUCUCACCACCCACAACACAUGAUGACAGAACUACAAGGAAUGUUGACAGUGGGUCACAAAAUAAUUAUGAUGAGAAGACAGUGGAUGAGGUAGCAUACACAGAUAAGACAGAGGUAAAUCGAACUACUGGCACAAUAUGUAAUGAACAGCAAGAUAGUAGUGAGGAAUUUAGUACGUUUGAAAAUCGAACUUCCUCAGAUUACAAUACACUGGAAGGGGAUGGUGGUGAUGUCACUCAAGAACAAACUACUUAUAAUAAGUAUAAUAAUAAGGGUGUAGAUAGUCCAGAGGAAAUUACGCCAUCCUCUCCCAAUAAAUGCAGUGGGGAGUUAUCUGACAUUGUUGAACCUUCAGAACAAAAUGGACUUUCUAAUAUUUCCACAGCUCAUAGUGCUGAGAAAGAGAACGAUGACUAA